GGCGGAUAGAUGAGCGAGUAGAGAGACUGAGAGAGAGAGUUUAUGGCACGUAUUACUCCGCAUCAUGGCUGAAUCGAGUGGAUCUGCUUACGGAGUUUAUUCCUCCUCAAACGGAAGCACGAGAUCUGGCAGAGGCAGAUUGCCAGAAGAUCGAGAUGAACUUAUUCAACAGAUUCGUCGUUUUAGCAGUGUUUCUCAAGAAGACUUUGAUCAAAUGCGACUCGCAGAGAAGGAAGACGAUUUUUUUGCGUUGAGGAAAGCUACAGAUAUUACAGAUCCUGACACUAAAGGAGAUCCUUGCCCUCCUCUACCGAUCAAGCUUAUACACGGUUCGUUUCGACAUAUCCUUGGGGUUAGGGAAGCGUGUUCCAAACAAGGCACUUUUCUUCAGAGAACAAUUGAGCUAAAACGAAAGCCCGGCGAAUCUCUUGGAUUUUACAUACGUCAAGGCGAUGGAUGGGAGAGAGAAGACGGGAUUUUUGUUUCACGAGUUGUGUUGGGGACCGACGUGGAUGUAUUUGAAUUGCUUCGCGUUGGCGACGAGAUCGUGAAAGUAAAUAAAGUUGACGUUCGAGCAAUGAGCAUAGAGGAUGUGAGUGCCCUAAUGCAAAUGACUCGUAGGCUUAUUUUAACAGUGAAAGUUCUUACACCAAUCUCGUCUCGAAAACUUGCCUUAAAGGAUGGUUCUAGCAUACGAUCUGCAGCUAGUAGUAAAACUUCAAGGUCUGAUUCUUUAGCUUCGUCGACUUCUGGGAGAUUUCCUGAUAGGAGAAAUCCUCAAGAUCGAAGGACAGGUUCUUCUGCAAGACUGGGACCUGAGCCCAUGAAUCAUUACAAAGUCGCGAACCUCGUUAUAGGAAGAAAUAAAGAUGCGAUUCAUUCUGGGCAGCAUAUGCCUGCACCUGGAAUGAGUCCUGGAUCAGCGCCACAAAAAAGUUCUUCUCGACGCGGCACAAAAUCUCCUGUCAUAGGAAAGAGAGCGUUAUCUCCAAUACGAGAGUCAUCAACAGAUUUGCAUUCGAAUUUAGACGAAAGAAGCCAGGGUAGAACGAGCAGAGCUGCAAGUGUCGUGAGUUGGUCUGAUCAAUUUUACGAAUCUGGCUCUUCCACGAGUCCCGUUAAAUACCGACCGAAUACCGAUAGAAAACGAUCCGAAGCAUCAGGAUCAAGGCCAAGAUGAAACCGAAUCUCACUUAAAUAUGCACAGAAAUUUUUGGAUUCAUCUUCAAAUUAGUGAAUCGAAUGUUGAAAUUUGAGAUAUGAACACAUUGGAAUUGAGGUCUAGAUUUGCAAAGUUUGUACGUAUUGAAAUAGCUAUGGAUUGAUUGAUUCUACGCUUGUAUAGUGUGAUUGCUAUUUGGAGGGAUUUGGCGUGUAUUGACCAAGUAUUUUCGAUAAAGGAAGAUACCUUGAGAACCACUAAAAGUCUAAUGUUUAGGCGUAUUUGUGGAAUUAUGCAGAUGUUUUUAGUGCUACUCGAUCCUAUUGAUCCUUGGAAAAACGAAUGUUAUGACAUGGCAGCUAUAUACAGAGAAAACUUGGAUUUUAUGCCAGAAAGGAGACUUAAAUCUUUUAGUAAAUGAAUGGAUGGAUGAAAAAUAUGCUGACAAUAUAAAGAGAUAAGCUCAUACGAUGGUCUGUAGACACUUCAUUUGAAUAAUAAUGCAAAAUUGUUGAAGAAAGCUAAAACUGCUUGAACUAGUCGAGAUAGCUUUGAUAACUGAGCCCAAAAUUUUACGAACAUUUUCCUCUGUAAAAGAAUACUGACUUAUAUGGUAAUUGUAAUUCAUGUCCACUUGAUAGCCGUUAUUCACAUUCGUCCUAUCACGGUUUUAGUCAUCAAUUUGUACAGAGGAUCAAUUCAAACAGUUGGAAGAGUUUUACAAAUUUGUGAAUGCAUUAUUUGUUUUGUUUUUCUUUUCUAAUUGAAAAUUGUAUGUUUUUGACCAAAUAACCUCUUUAUGCAUCGAUGUAAUGUGAAAAGAGCCAAUUUUGUUGUAAAAAAGUCCAAAAAAUAUAACAUCCAGUAAAAGCAUUACCUCAAUGGUAAUAUAGAUUUACAGCA